CGGCUGUUUCCGCCGCCUACUCCACAACCUCAACAAGUUGUUUUUCGAUUUUCAGUUUCUGAGCUGAAACAGUCGAGUUGGGGUUACAAUGGCCGGUACUUUGACCAAAUUUUCGAAAAGCUUGAACGCUGUUGCCACAAAAAAUGGGCUGCUGCAAGGGCGCAACUAUGGGACCCAGCGCGUGGUGGCCAAGAACCCCGUGGUGGAGAUGGACGGCGACGAAAUGACCCGAAUCAUCUGGGAGAAAAUCAAAGAACGCCUAAUCUUCCCCUACGUUAAACUCGAGUCUCUUUACUUCGACUUGGGGCUUCCCCACCGUGACCAAACCAACGACCAAGUGACCAUCGACGCCGCCAACGCCAUCCUCAAGCACAACGUGGGGAUCAAAUGCGCCACCAUCACCCCCGACGAGCAGCGAGUCCAAGAAUUCAACUUGAAAAAAAUGUGGCUUUCCCCCAACGGCACCAUCCGAAAUAUUUUAGGCGGGACGGUUUUCCGCGAACCCAUUUUAUGCAAAAACAUCCCCAAGCUGGUACCCGGCUGGACCAAGCCCAUCGUCAUCGGGCGUCACGCCCAUGGCGACCAGUACAAAGCCAAAGAUUUCGUUGUAACGAAACCAGGAACCGUCGAACUUGUCUACACUUCGGACGAUGGUAAAGUCGAAAAGUACGAGCUUUUCAAGUACAAAGGGGGCGGCGUCGCCCUGGGGAUGUACAACACGGAUGAGAGCAUCCGCGCCUUCGCCCAUUCGUCCUUCCAGGUGGCCUUAAACAAAGGCUGGCCGCUGUAUCUCUCCACCAAAAACACGAUUUUGAAGAAGUACGACGGGAGGUUCAAAGACAUCUUCCAGGAGAUUUACGAAAAAGAGUACAAGUCUCAAUACGAGGCGAAGAAAAUCUGGUAUGAGCACCGCUUGAUUGACGACAUGGUGGCCCAAGGGCUGAAAUCGUCAGGUGGUUUCGUCUGGGCUUGCAAAAACUACGAUGGAGACGUCCAGUCGGACAUAGUCGCCCAAGGGUACGGUUCCCUGGGGAUGAUGACCUCGGUGCUGAUGUGUCCCGACGGGAAGACCAUCGAGUCGGAGGCCGCCCAUGGGACGGUCACGAGGCACUACCGCGAGCACCAGAAGGGGAAUCCCACGUCCACUAACCCCAUAGCGUCCAUUUUUGCCUGGACUAGGGGCCUGGAACAUAGAGCCAAGCUUGAUGGGACGCCCGAUUUGGCCAAGUUUGCGCAAACUUUGGAGAAGGCGUGCGUUGAUUGCGUCGAGUCAGGGAAAAUGACCAAGGAUUUGGCUGCGUCCAUUCAUGGGCUGCCCAAUGUCAAGCCGGGGAUGUAUUUGAAUACUCAAGACUUUUUAGAGGCGAUCGCAGAGGAGUUGGAAAGGCAGAUGAAGUGAUCGACUAAACGAAUUUUUUAUGCAAAUUUGUAAAUAUUUUUUCAAAUAAAGCUUUUACAUAAA